CUUUGUUGUAUUUACGUGUUGUGAGGUGCUACAAUGUCGAAGGAAGUGGAAAAGGAUGCCGAACAUCCUUCUGGACCGCUGGCUCAUGGCCGAUUUCCAAGAUUAGUGAUUGUCAUUAUAUUGGCGGAGUUUUGUGAACGUUUCUCUUUUUCUGGAAUGCGAGCAUUCCUGACAUUAUAUUGCCGAAGUAAAUUAGGGUUUACUGAUGAUGGUGCUACGGAAAUGUAUCAUAUAUUCAGCACGCUUAUUUACUUUUUCCCUAUUCUUGGAGGUAUCAUAGCCGACAAUUACCUUGGUAAAUACAGGACUAUAUUGUACUUAAUGUUUGUAUACGCAGCAGGAAACUCGUUAGUUGCUAUUACCGCUAUACCCCAAUUGGGUCUACCAGCAAGGUUAUGCACAAUGAUUGGAUUAUUUAUGAUCACAGUUGGUACUGGAGGAAUAAAACCUUGCGUGGCUGCGUUUGGUGGAGAUCAGUUCAAGUUGCCUCAGCAGGAGAAGCAUUUGGCGGCAUAUUUCAAUAUAUUGUACUUUACGUUAUGUGUGGGAUCGUUGAUUGCUAAGACAGUGUCGCCUAUAUUGCGGUCCGAAAUACAUUGUUUCGGGGAUAAAGAUUGCUAUUCCGUUGCGUUUGGUGCCCCGGGUUUGAUUGUACUCGUGUCUAUAGUGAUAUUCGUGAGCGCGAGGAAUCAUUAUGUAAUGAAGAAACCAGAAGGCAAUAUAGUUCUGGACUUUGUAAAGUGCGUGUCGCUAGGUCUGAAGAACGCACUGUUAAAACGAAACAGGGGCGAAAAGGAUUCCCAUUGGUUGGACAGCACGCAACACGAAUACGACCAAAGGUUCAUCAGGGAUAUUAAGAAAACUUUGAACAUCUUGGUGCUGUUCACUGUACUACCCGUGUUCUGGGCCCUGCUUGAUCAGAUGGGAUCACGUUGGACCCUUCAAGCAACUAAAAUGAACGGAAAGUUUUGGUUCUUCACAGUAAAGCCAGACCAGUUACAAGUCAUCGCGCCGAUUUCAAUCCUCAUUUUGAUUCCUUUAACACAUAAGUACAUAUACCCGUUUUUAGAAAAACGUAACAUACUGAAGAACCCGCUUCAUAAGCUAACUUUAGGCGGAUACCUGGCCGGAAUAGCGUUUAUUGCCUCGGCUUUGGUGGAGAUUUAUUUAAAGACGACGUAUCCCCAACUCCCGCAACCAGGGUUAUCCCAACUGAGAAUAUUCAACGGCAACCCGUGUCCCGUCACUAUAACCGACCAGAACUCAACCCACGUCAUCCCCAUUCUCUCACACUACACUAGAAAGGACUACCAAGUAACCGGCACUAGAAGUGUAAGGUUCCUAGUAAACGGAACGUGUAUAGAAAACAGGAGAAAAACAUUUUUGCUUGAAGAAAAUCGGGCCGCGUCGUUUUUGUUGGAAGGCAAUGCUUUGUAUAGUUUCAAGGAUAAAGUUGAUAAAAGUAAAGCGGGAUUUCCUGUUGUAAGAUUCAUUGUGUCGAGUACUUCCAAUCUGACACUAUUCAACGACAGACGUAAUGAAGUAGAAAUGUUCGUUGAUAGCAAAGUAAUGCCUCAAGUGGAAGUGUUCACGUCCACUUACUCUUUGAGAGAAGGGAAUGAUGUCAUAAAAAGUGGUAUUGAGUUAGAAAUGGGUGGGGUGUAUACUAUUAUGGUGAAGGAGGUCAACGGUGAAUAUAAUGUCAAUGUGAUUGUAAUAACAGAACCAAAUUCAAUAACUAUGGCGUGGUUGUUACCGCAAUUUUUCAUCAUGUCGACCGCAGAGGUGUUAUUCGCCGUGACCGGCAAUGAGUUCGCGUUCAAGGAAUCUCCGGAGAGCAUGAAAGCAGUGAUGACGGCGGUGUGGCUUCUGACCGAGGCUGCUGGCAACGUCAUCAUCAUCGUUAUCACCAGGCUCUUUGCUGACUAUCCACAGGAAACCCAAACAUUCAUUUAUAUGGGAUUGAUGUUUGUGUCAAUCACGAUAUUCCACUUCCUGGCCAAAGGCUAUCGGUUCGAAACGGAGAAGAAAUGCAGAAGUAACAGCGAGGUUCUGUACCUGCAAGUGAAGCAAACUGAAGACUGUUUAGAACAUUAGUGUGCUUAUAAUGACAAGUACUUCGAAUAUUGUUGUGUAUAGUAUUGUAAUGUGUAAGUGUAUAUACAGGUUGUUAGUUAAAAUGACAUCAGAAUGUGAUUUGUCAAAAAAGUGUAAAAAGCACCAACUGUGUGCAACAAUCAGGAAAGUAUUCUAUAGGUGGUCGAUAUAGUUAUACCUACAAUAAUUUGAUAUUUGCAUGCUAAUAAUAAUUAGCAGCAUAGAGACUCAGUAACACUGAUGUAUACCAUAAUAUAAUGGUGACUCUGUAAAUACCUAUCCUAAACGAAUAAAUCAUUUCUGAUUUCUGAUAUUAUCUACGUUGAAAGAACGAUGAUGCAGUGGACACCAUCAUCGUUGGUCUGUAACAGCGUUGCCAGACAUCCCGAUUUUUAAAUCAAAAUUUAAUGUCCCGCACGGGACAGGCUCAGUCCCGCUUUUCGGGAAUAACUCGACCGUGCGUGCAACGUACUGAGAAAGCGCGGACGGAUGGCACAGACAAGCGUGGACUGGCCGCCUGGCCGGCGCGUAAUGAAGGAAAUCAGUGAGCACGUAGUGAGUUGCGUUACGUGCGUAAUUACAAUUAAAAUACAUUUUCUAUGGAUAUUUUUGCUAUCUAUUGUCACGUAAACGUAAUUUGCACUCAAAUUAGAAGAUAAAUAUUCAAAACCUUUUUAUUAUAUACGUUUUUUUUACUAUGUCCCGCUUUCGACAAAGACGUUCCAAAAUCCCGACUUGGCAAAAAAAAUUUGGCAACCUUGGUCAGUAAGCGCCCUUAGACGCAUUUUUUUUGACUGCAUCGUCGACACCAUCAUAGUUGGUAAGCG